ACGUGGAAGCGGGGAAAAGGUAGUCUCUCUUGUGAUCAACAGUGCCUUUUCAAUCGUUUUUAACGGAUUUGCAGGACAGAUAAGGGUAUUUUAAAUAGCAGAGAGGAUCAAAACAACUGACAUUCUUAAACUUGUACAUAAAUUAAGUUCUGUAGCCAUGGACGGGGCAAUAGCGAUUAUUUUAAUAUCCGUUGCGAUGUUUUUGGGAUGUUUUCUAUUAGGGUUGAUUCCACUUUUGAUCAAACUUUCUGAGAAAAGCCUGCAGUUUGUCAGUGUAUUCGGGGCAGGUCUUCUCUGUGGCACCGCUCUAGCUAUUAUCCUCCCAGAGGGUGUGGAGCUACUGGAAGAGUCAUGGAGAGUCUCCUCCUGCUCUGUGGCCCCAGCAUCAGCCAAUCAGAAUGCCAGUGACAAUGGGGUCGGGGUCAGAGGUCAGCUCCAGCAGGAGGACCCCGCCUCUAAAGGCCUUCCAGCACGGUUCUUCAUCGGAGUCUCCCUGGUCGUAGGGUUCACCCUCAUGUUCCUGGUGGAUCAGAUCAGUAGCUACUGCUCCAUACACGAUCCACAGACUGGAAUGUCCAACAGGACCAGCAUCACAGCUACACUAGGACUGGUCAUCCAUGCUGCUGCUGACGGUGUGGCUUUAGGUGCGGCUGUGGCUUCCUCCCAGGUCACAGUUCAAGUUGUGGUGUUCCUGGCUGUGAUUCUGCACAAGGCUCCUGCAGCGUUUGGCCUGGUCACCUUUCUGAUGCACGCAGGUUUAGAGAAGAAGCAGAUUCAGAAGCACCUAUUGGUCUUCUCUGCUGCAGCACCUGUGCUCUCCAUCAGUACAUACUUUAUCCUGAACGCGAGUGGCGGAUCGUCCCAGCACCGUCUGACCGCUACAGGUGUUGGGAUGCUCUUCUCAGCCGGGACGUUCCUCUACGUAGCUACGGUCCAUGUACUACCAGAGGUCAGCUCCAGGGGGCAGCAACAGCAGAGCUCCUCCCACCUCCACCUCCACGGCACUGGGACCGGGCAGCCGGAGGGCCUGGGGACCCUGGAGAGCCUCACACUGAUACUGGGAGCAGGGCUACCUGUGUUACUGGCCCUGGGACUACACGAUGACUAGUCUUGUGAAUCGAUGCUAUCCUACCAAGUCUUGUUCAUCACUCAGUGGUCCUCUGUAGCUCAAUUGGUAGAGCACGGCGCUUGUAACGCCAGGGUAGUGGGUUCGAUC